GGGGCUGUGUUGUCGGGAGCCCCCCCCCGCUCACACACUCCGCCGCCGCCGCCUUCCACCUUCCCUCCAGCCCUCGCCCGGCUCCGCUCCCGGGAGAGCGUCUCUCCCCCUCCGGCAGCGGCCGGUUCUCCGCCCGCCGGGGGAUCCCUGCGCUCCCGGCUCCGGGCUCCGGGCUCCCGGCUCAGAGCAUGGACGAGAUUCCUCCCCGCGCAGCGCCGCCUUGGGUGUGCCCGGCUCUCUAGCUGGGCUGUUCUACCUCCCUCUUUCCUGGCCGCAUGGAGCCGCUUCCUGCUUCUUCUCUGCCUCUCGGAAUAAAUACAGAGUGAGUACCCCACAUCAUGAGGCCACUGUUGGGAGCCCUCCCUGGCCCCCCGGCUCCGCUCCACACCCCCAGCAGCUCGUUUGCUUCCUGGGAACACCUGGCGCCUCUCUGAGUCAGGGGACCGGGAGCACAUCCCGACACCUGUAGCGAGAGAUUCCCAAGGCCUGCUCUACGCCUGUUGGACACUAUACCUGUAGCUGGGGAACUCCUGGGCUGUAGAACACCAAGAAUUCCAAGCCUGGCAGCACAGUCAUAACCAGGUGGCUGUAAGUCUAGAGGGCUUUAUCUGCCUGUAGCCAGAGAACCAACCACUCUCUGCCUGUAGCUGGAGAAAUACAGUCCCUGCUAUAUACCUGUCACCAGAGAACUCCAGGACCGCUGCACGCCUGUAGCUGGAGAACUCCAGAACCAUUGUAUGACUGUCGCUGGAGAACUCCAGGACCGCUGUACGCCUGUAGCUGGAGAACUCCAGGACCGCUGUAUGCCUGUAGCCAGAGAACCCUGGGAUGGCUGUACACCUGUAGCCAAGAACUCCAGGACCACUCUACACCUGUAGUUACAGAACAUAGGACUCACCUGUCACAAAAGACCCCUGGACUUACUGUAUGCCUGUAGCUGGAGAAAUCAAGGACUGUUGCACACCUGUAGCCAGAGAACUCCCAGCCCCCAUCUGCCUGUAAAAUACAGAGACUCCCAGGUCACAGCAUGGCAGUGCAGAGCCAGAACCAAGUCAUUGCUGAUUUGGAGGCCACUGUCUGCCUGUAACACAUGGAGUCCAGGACUAUACUACAUCUGUGACCAGGGAACUCCAGGAGCCACACACGGGUGUAAUCAGACAGCCUCCAUAGCCCAGUAGCUACAGAAUUACAGGCUGUAGUCUUACUGUAGGGCACCAUACAGCCAUAGCCAGAUUCCUGUAGGUGUGGAAGCAACCAUACGCCUGUAGCCAAAGAUGUCUGGGACUGCUGUAUGACUGACCCCCACUUUACACCUGUAGGUGGAGAAGUCUGGACUUUUGUACCACUGCCGUGCGCCUGUAGGGGACAACUCCAGGAUGUCUGUAUAACUGUAUCUCCAUUGAAUGGCUGUAGGUGGAGAUGUCUGGGAUUUGUGUAUGACUGGAGCUGAAGUACACAUCUGUAGCCAGAGAACUCAGAGGUUGCUCUGACUGUAAACACUCCCCUCUCCCCCACCACCAUGUGCCUGUAGGUGGAGAACUCCAGGAGUGGCACACUGCUGUAGCUCCACUGUCCACCUGUAGGAGGAGAACUGGUUCUUCGUACACCUGUAGCUACACUUGACCGUAGACAGCGAAGCCGGGGAUCUCCCUACGACUGUCAGGGCCAGGACUCAGGAGUGGCGUGCGACUGUUGCCCUGCCUGUAGGUGGCGAAGUCUGGGACCUCACUCCAGCUGUAGGGGAAGAACUCCAGGACUGACAUACGACUGUUGGUCCCAUUGUCCACCUGUUGGAGGAGUGGAAGUUGCUGCUCCAGAUGGCACCGUGAUCCUGCCACCUACCGCCAGCCCCGCGCGGUGGGGCCGGCCCCGGCGAUGAGCGCAGGGUCCUGUGGGUAGCCGGCGCCGGGAGAGGCGGGGCCUCAUUACAUGCAUGUCCCACGGGGGCAGGUUCGACUUUGACGAUGGCGGCUGCUACGUGGGUGACUGGCAGGAGGGCCGGGCGCACGGGUACGGGGUCUGCACCGGCCCUGGGGCCCAGGGCGAGUACAGUGGGCAGUGGCGGCGCGGGUUCGAGUCUCUGGGCGUCUACACCUGGCCCAGCGGCAACACCUACCAGGGCCAUUGGAGCCAGGGCAAGCGGGAAGGGCUGGGCGUGGAGCGCAAGAGCAAGUGGUGUUACAAGGGGGAGUGGAGCCACGGGCUGAAGGGCCGGGCCGGCGUCUGGGAGAGCCACUCCGGAGUCACCUACGAGGGCAUGUGGAGGGACGGGCUGCAGGAUGGCUACGGCGCCGAAACCUACGCCGACGGAGGCACCUACCAGGGUCAGUGGCAAUCCGGGAAGCGGCACGGUUAUGGUGUUCGCCAGAGCGUCCCCUACCGCCAGGCUGCCUUGGUGUGCUCCCUGCGUCGCACCUCGCUGGAAUCACUCCGCAGCGACCCCGACCCCGGUGUGCCCCCUGCUCCGCUCCCUCCCCCUCCCCUGCCCCCGCCGCUGCUCCCGGGGGACAGCCCGGCCUCGGGCUCCCGGGGCGGCUUCGUGCUGGCCUUCCCCGGUGACCCGGACUUCCCCAAGGGGGCCAAGAAGAAGACGGGAGGCUUCUUCUUCCGGCGCUCCCUGCUGCUGAGCGGCCUGCGGGUGCGCCGGGCCGAGUCCAAAGCCUCUCUGGGCAGCAAGCGGGGCUCGCUGAAGAGUGAAGCCGGGGUGAGCUCGACCGGGAGCGAAGCCACCACCCUGAGCUACGCCGAGACCGAACCCCCCGAGAUGCCGUCGCGGUUGGCCAUCGAGGGCUCCUCCACCGAGGUGUACGCCGGGGAGUGGCGUGCCGACCGGCGCAGCGGCUACGGGGUCAGCCGGCGCUCCAACGGGCUGCGCUACGAAGGCGAGUGGCUGGGGAACCGGCGGCACGGCUACGGGCGCAGCACCUACCCCGACGGCACCAAGGAAGAGGGCAAGUACAAGCUCAACCGCCUGGUGAGCGGCAAGGUGAAGAACCUCAUCCCGCUCCGGCGCAGCAAGGUGAAGGAGAAGGUGGACCGGGCGGUGGAGAUGGCCCGCAGGGCCGUCAGCCUGGCCAGGCAGAAGCAGGAGAUGGCGGCCACCAGGGCGGCCGAUGCCCGGCUGAAGGCCACGGCUGCGCUGGCCUCCGCCGAGAAGGCCAUGGAGGCGGCUCGAGUGGCCAAGAUCCUGGCCCAGGAUCUUCAGCCCAUCCUGGACGACCCUGAGCCACGGCCCCGCCUGGACUCCGAAGGCACCGACACGGACCUGUUAGAAUAUGACAGCCCGGGGGUCUACGAAAAUGGGGUCACCCCAUCCGAUGUGACCCCAGACCCCAGCUACCCCCCCACUCCGCUGCAGCCCUGGAGGGGGGACUCCCGCCGGACUUGGCACCCUCUGGAGAACGGGGGACCCCCUCGAGUGCCCCCUGCAGAUGCAUCAGACCCUGAGGAUGAGUGGGGGUGCCGGAGGUUCCCUGCCCGGACACCGGGGUUCCCACCCAAGGGACUGUGGGAGGGGGAUGAGGAGGAGGGGGAGGCAGGGCGCCCCCUGGUGGGCACCCCCCGCAGCGGCAGCUCUGGAAGCCUCCAGGAGGAAGAGGAGGAAGAGGAGGACUACGAGGAAGAGCUCCCCCAGCUGGAUAUUGGGGAGCCCCAGGCGGGGCCAGAGGUGGCAGGACCCCUGGGGCACUCUGGACUGGGGGCUGACAAGCUGCCUUUGGGGGUGGGGGCUGCGGCUCAGGGUGAGAAGGAGACAGGAGCAGCCGUGAGACAGGGAGCUCACCCAUUGGUGGUUCUGGCCGUCGUGUUGAUUGACAUCUGCCUGGCUCACCUGUUCUCUCUGCUUCUCACCUGAGACGGGGUGGGGGGCGGCUCCCCACCAGACCUCUCCCUCUGCCCCUUCCCCCACCCCACCUGUCACUCAUUCCCUCUCUCUCUCUCAUUCUUUGUCGGUCUGUGUCGUUCAUUCCUCCGUCCCGCUCUGCCCCCUUCCUUCUCUCUCUAGAUUGUUUACAUAUGAAGGGCUCUUUCUAGCAGAUUUCUCUUUCUCUCUGUCUGAGACCACGACACCCCCCCCCCAUUUGAAAUUUGGGGUUCCUUUCCCCUUAAUGCACUCCUUCUUUUGGGGUUCAGUAAAUCGGGGAUGGGGGAUCCCAGGGCUGGGAGUGGGGGGGAAUCCCAGCAGGGGGUGUGCUCGCCCCGCCCCUCCAAAACCAAACAAAAAUGGCGAACUUUUAUUUCUGCUUUUUUAACUCUUCUCGCUGCGUCUGAAUGAAAUAACUAGUUAAAACAUUAAAAAGGGGGCGAAGGGGGUGAUUCUGUCAUUGGGGGGGUGACUGGGGAGCUCAGUCCUGGUGCGAGGCUGUUGAGGGCAGCUGCUACACCUAGUGGGGCAAAAGAGGAAGUCCCGCCUUUGGAAGGAUGGUUCUAAAGGGGUCAGACAGGAAGUCCUGCCUCCUAGAGGGCUUAGCAGGGACCUCAUGGUGUGGAACACCAUCUACUGGAGGGUGGGGAAGUGCCUCCUUCAGGAGAACCACCCCAAGCAUUUAACACAGGAAGUCCCGCCUUUUGCAGGGAUGUGAUGGUGCAAUAAAAGCAGUGGGUAGGGAACACUCCCCUAAGGGGUGAAAUGGGGAGUCCUGCCUUUUGUAGGGAUGUGACGGUGCAAUACAGGAAGUUCCACCCUCGGCAGGGUAGAGGAUACUCGUCAGAGUGGUGGAACAGGAAGUCCCACCUUUUUAAAGGGACAUGAUGUGCAAUAGAGGAAGUUCUGCCUUCUGGAGGGUGGAAAAGACUCCUAAAGGGAGCAAAGCAGGAAGUCCCGCCUUUUUGCAGAGAUCGGCGGGUGCAAAACAAGAAGUCCCACCUUCUGGAAGGCAGGGAGACACGAUUUAGGGCAAUGAGGGAGGCUGGAUAGUCCUGCCUGACCACGGGAGGGGAACGCAAUGAUACCCCAAGAUACGUGUUGACUUAGAGGGGGGCUGUACAGUUGUGGGGGAUACAUCCCCUCCGAUCACCCAGGGCAGGGUUAGGAAGUUGGGGGGCCCUUUGGGGGCACCCCCUGGCAGGAAUCUCCCUCUCAGUCCCCCGGAAAAUGCAUGAGGAUGCUCAGUGUAUUGGGAAUGUGUAUAAUCGACUCCAGUUUUCUACCUCCCUCCCUGCUGGCUUUCUCCUCCCUCGCUCCGCCGCCCCCGCCCCCGAUUGCCUUUUCCACUGGAUAUUUCUUAUAUCGUGUCUUUGGGAUUGAAAACAAAAGUCUUGCAGAUUUAAACAAACCAGAAAUUUAAUAAAAAUAUAUUAAUAAAAAAAGGG